CUUGAGGGGAAUCGCAAGGGGAGAGUGCUGUCCUGCUUGGGCCGAGGGUGCAAUGCAGUCGCUCCGCUUCCUUUCUGCUGAAUCUUUAGUGUCCCACCCCCAGCUCGCCCAGCAGAGCCUGGACAGUGUGGCCCACACCCUGUACCCGCUGCUGUUCAAAGCCAGCUACCUACUGGAGCAGACAGAGGUGACCCGUGCUGUGCUGGGCCACUGGCCACUGGAGGAGUUCCGGCUGGGCAUGCUGCUGGGGCCGAGCGCAGACCACCCCAUGGACCUGUGUGACCGGGCCUGCAGGGCCUGCCUGGAGGCCUGCGUGCAUGGCCUCGCAGACUACGUACUGCGGGGCAGGAGCCGGCGGCUGCGGGUGGCCGACCUCACAGGCCUCCGAGACGUGCAGGAGCAGCAGUGCCCUUGUGGCCAGGCCCUGGGCAGGUGGGGCCGUACGGACCUGCUGGCCAGGGCCUGCUGUGAGCUGCAGGCACAGCCCCACGCAGCUGGGCACCCCGUCGAAGUCCUGGCCGACCUCUUUGUCACCGAGGGCAACUUUGAGGUGGUGGUGCAGGCCCUGCAGCCGGUGGGCCCAGCCCCUCUUCAGCUGCGCUGCCCCACCUUCCGUGCAGACAGCCUGAGCUGGGGCCAGCUGCUGCAGGUGCUGCGUCUGGCCGGGCCAGGCACACUGCGCAAGCUCGAGGUGGUGCACAACGUCCGGCUACAUGCCGGCCAUGUGCUGCAGCUGCUGGCCCAGGUGGGCUUCCCCCAGCUGGCCUCGCUCACCCUGCCCACCAAGGCCUUUGAAGCACCCCCCACUUGUGCCCUGAUGCCUGAUGGCGAGGACACCCUCCUCUCCUCCAUUGCCUGGGAGCUCAGCCAGAUGACCCAGCUCACGGAGCUGAGCGUGGCCUUCUCCACACUGACUGGGAAGAUCCAGAGACUGCUCAGCCCCCUAAGGACCCCGCUGCGAGUGCUGGACCUGGCCAACUGUGCCCUGAACCAUGUGGACAUGGCCUUCCUGGCAGACUGUGCUCACGCUGCCCACCUGGAGGUGCUGGACCUCAGUGGACACAACCUAGUCAGCCUGUACCCCUCGACCUUCUUCAGGCUGCUGAGCCAGGCUGCCCAGACGCUGAAGGUCCUGACCCUGGAGGAGUGCGGCAUCGCAGACGGCCACGUCAACAUGAUGAUCCUGGCCCUGAGCCCCUGUCACCAGCUCCAGGAGUUCAAGUUUCUGGGGAACCCUCUGUCCAGCCGUGCCCUCCGGCGCCUCUUCACUGCGCUCUGCGAGCUCCCUGCACUGCGGUGCAUUGAGUUCCCGGUGCCCAAGGACUGCUACCCUGAGGGCACUGCCUACCCCCAGGACGAGCUGGCCAUGUCCAAGUUCGACCAGCAGAAAUACGACACGAUUGCUGAGGAGCUGCGGGCCGUGCUGCUGCAGGCCAACCGUGAGGACAUCCAGGCCUCCACGCCCCUUUUUGGAAGUUUUGACCCAGACAUUCAAGAAACGAGCAAUGAGCUUGGCGCUUUCCUGCUGCAAGCGUUCAGAACUGCUCUAGAAAACUUUUCCAGGGUGCUGAAGCAGAUGGAGUAGGCCUCGGGUUGUGCCAGCAGUGGGCCCUGGCCGAGUGCCCAGCGUCACAACUCACAGCAUGACUUAGUGAGGAUCGUAGGUGUACCCACGAGUGCGAUGAUAGAGCCCCACACACCAGGAGAGAGGCAGCAGAAGCUUCCACCACCACAGCAGAGGGCACAGAAGCAGCAGCUGUCAUGGCCACGGAGGGUGCGGGCACCACAGACGCAGGCAGUGAGGGGAGCAAGUGAGAGACCCUGUCACUGAAAACUGCACAAAAUGAGCAGCAGCCCAUAAAUAAACAACAAAGCAAGAAAAGGCUAAAAAUGUAAAAUUAAAAUGAGAAGCAGCAGGGGGACACGUCUGGUCUGUGACACUGACACCAGCGAGACAAGGUCUGUUUGGUGGACCACAGCCGGGGGUUGUCAGUGGCUUCUGUUCUCGCUUUGCUUUGCCCGGAGGACCAUGAGGAGCAUCCUAGGGGGAGCAAAAGGGCCCUGGCUGGAGGGUCGCCUGGGCCAGGGCGUCCGGGCCCUGGAGGAGAGCCCCCACUCCAAGUGUUUUAUUCCCUUCUGAACAGCUGGGGCUCCCUGCGGGGUUCGAGGGGAGCUCUUCCAGGUUAACUUGCGGCCUGGAACUCAGCGAGCACCUUGAGAAGCUCAUAACCAUCUGCAAAACGCAUCUGGACUUGGUCUCCACCAAGACCGGCUUUGUACAAAGGGCUAUUACAACGCUUAAAUGCUAAUAAAACAGAAGUGUGUCUCACUCAGAUGCAGUGUUUAUUUCAGUGCAAUUCAGAAAUUUUAAAAGGACCUAAGAGUCUGAAAAUAAAACGUUUUCUCAAGACAGAGAUGAAUACUCGGUGUGGUCCAAUCCUCCUCAGACCCAGAACUGCAAGCACCGUGCAGCCCUGCCAAGUGGCUGGCUCCCCCAGGUCUGUCCCAGGCUACAAGUCCCCAGCUCUGGGUCCCCCUCAUGAGAGGCGUCACAGGGGUCUGCUUGCUGAGGAGGGGGAUGACCCUCCUUCUGGGUCUCCACAUGUACCCCCUGCUUCCUCUGUGUCCCUUAAUCGUUCCCUACGUCCUCAGCAGUGUCUCCUCAGACGCAUCAUGCUGGAAUCAUCUUUCAGGUCCAUGAGCUUGGCAUUGCAACUGUUCUAGGGAAGAGAGAAGGCACAGAGCAACAUUUUAAAAUAAUUCAUUGCUAACUCUACAGAGCAGACAAGCUUCUGUUUUAGGUGUCUGAAUUUUCUCGAUUACAGACUCGGCCACUAGGUUACAGCUAACCAGUCGCACCUGGUGUCACCUGGCUGAGCCCAGCGCAUGACUGAGCAGAGCCCGGGGAAUCUGCAGUGACCCAUGGCUGUGAGAGGGGCAGGGGCACAUGGGAGCCUGCUGGUGCACAGCUGGAAUACGCUGACGGCAGAUGUUUUGACAGCUCCCCUCCAAGCCUGUGCCUCACAUGCCUGUCCCCGUUCAUGUGCUUUACUUGCUCUCUGGAACUGCUGUCGUGAUCCUGCAUGUGCCAUUUCAGUACCUGAUGGAUUUUUGUCACACCUGCCCAACCCUGUGGCUUUAUAAGUCUGUGGUCACGUGGCAGCGGUCACACAUCCGUGCCUACCAGGGCCCAUGAGCAUCGCAGUUCUCAAAUGCAGAAAGUAAAAUUGUGGGAAUUAAGGAAAACACACUCAGCAGAUGAGUGCAAUCCAAACCAGCAAAUACACGUGGCAGCUGCUGUUGGAGCUACUCCUGGUGAAGCUGUGGGUAUCCACUAUCACCCGCCCACCUGGUCCUUCCAGGGCCAGACGGGUGAGUGGCACAGGGACACAUGGGGACCAGGGGACCACCACCCACAACAUGAGGUGAGCCGCUGGCUUUGCAUCCCUUCCAUCUUCUGUGUGGCAUGAACUGAGCAGCUCCUCCAGGAACACAGCCUUGCUUCCUGCUGGCCAUCCUGCAGGCUUCCACUUGGUCCUUCCUGCCUUAAUGACUCUUGUUCUGCAGGUCAGGAAGAAAUGUGGGGGUUCUCCCCAGUGACACACUCCCAGACUGAGGAGAUAUCCAUAAACCAGUGGGCCCUCUAAGUGAUGGACAUGGCCAGAGCCCUGGGACAUCAGCUGCUGCUCUGACCACCACCAGCCCUCACUCUCUGAUCACUGUAUGAAUCGAGCCACACUAGAGUCAGCUGUAAUCCACUACAUCCUGGAUCCCAUUAUCCGCCAGCAUUGCGGCAGCCCUGAGGUGGAGGCUCUGUGGUUGCCCGUCAGUCAUCCCCACCACCUGCCUCUGUGCACAGCCCCAUCAGCCUGGACUUGGGUCCAUGGCCCCACUGUGCAGGGACAGCCCUGGCUACGCUGAGCCAUGCCACUGUGCCAGAGCCCUCAUGAGCAGGGUACCCAGCCCACCCUGCCUUCCACUGCAGGAGGCUCCAGCACUCCACUCCCAGGGUCGGACACCUGCCAGCUUCCAGGCACCUCCCAGCAGGGAUGGGCUUGGUUCCAUGUCCUUGCCAGAACAACAGAUACAGAGAUGUCUAUGAGCACCAAUGCAGGACUUCCUGCCCAACCAGCCUCUCUUCUGUUACUCCUUCCUCUCCCAGGACCCCCCCACCCAGGUUCUGCCAGCCCUGCACCCUCUCCUGGCGGACUUGACCUCCCCACAUGGGUGGGGCCUGACGACACCAGCAGAUAAUAAAGAGCGGGGCAUUGCUUGAGGUCUCUGCAGGAUCUCCAGGCAAGGCAGGGCCUCUCCACCAAUGGGGGAAGGGGGCUCCCUAUGCCAGCACGAAGGGCUCCCAGGAAUCUGGGGCUCCAACUCUCAGGCUCACCCACCAAACGUCCCCAUCAAGCCUCUGAACCCAGCUCUCUUCUUGAAGCCAACUUGGACCUGAGACCUGCUAUGCUAAGCAUUCAGGCUCCUUUGAGGUCCUGUCACCUGACAGCAAAACCCUUGACCUGUCAGAGGGUCUGGGGGAUGAGUGCUUCCUUCCAAGCUGCCACAGAGCCUCUGGCUUCCACAGCAUGCACAGGGUGGAUGGUUGACCUUGUUUUCUUUUCUCAAGAUUUCCUAUGAAGUUAAGAAAAGCCACACACUCCACGAUCCUUGACUCUCACUGCUCCCUCUGUUCAAAUGCUACAGACUACAUAAGUCCAUGGCUCCCAGACGUAGCUGCAGGACGAAGCAGGGGCAGGCAUGAUGCAGUUCAGGUGCUGCGGGGUGCGGCCCUUUCUUCGGCACAUGGCCGAGAAGCCAGUCUGUGGGGAUAGGAGACUGAACAGCUAUGCAGAGACAUGAGACAGAAACUUACUGUGAGGUUCAAUAGCUCUUUAUUUGCCAUUUCUGGUUUUUCUAGAAGUCUGACCUGCAUUCUCCAUUCUUGCCCUGAGGUUCCAUGAGAUAGCGCUAAAACAAGUCCUCCUUUUAACUAAGUUAGCUUGAACUGGUCUCUGCUGUUUACAGCCAGACUCCUAACUGAUAGAGAAACAUGGUGACUAAUUUGUCAAAUCUAGAACGGUGAGAGGAGCACUUUUGGCCUCAACCCACAAACGCACACAGAUCACGGCAGGUGGAGCAAGCCCAGCCUAUCUGUGCAGCAGCGAGGUCCCCAUCAAGCCUCAGCAGGUGUCCAUGAUAUUGGCACCCAAGCACCUCUCAGCACAGCACAGGGCCAUGCAAGAUGCUGGAGAAAGAAGCAGUGCUGUGACUGGAACACAACCUGCAGCUUCCUCUUUUCAGGUGCAGCAUGCUUACUGUACAGAUCUGCUUUUAGUAAUGAUAUCAAGACAGCAAAAGCAACCAGAAAGCCCUUUUCUCCCUUCCCCUUACUUUAAAAGAUGAUCUUAGUAAACUAUUAAGCAAUCAGACUUUUAAAUAAUCCAACACAAAAAUAGUUACACACUGUAAUUAGAAAAAACUUCUCUUUUAAAGAACAUACAGGCCCUUUGCUGAAGUUUUCUCUGUCAUAACAUCACCUCACUGGUUCAAGUUUGCAGAAUUAUUUUCUUGUCAUCAUAAAGUCAACACUGUAUCUGCCAGCCUGUACACAUACAUACACGCACACGCACAUGCUCACAUACAUAGAUAUGAAAGGUACAUAAGAACGGCAUACCUUUGCCUGUGCACUUAGCAAAGGGGAAGGAGGCUUAUCCACCAAAUGGGCUAACUAGAAGGACAUACAGUUACUGCCUGUUUCUCAGAAUGUUCUGGUCAGUCACUGUGCCUUUUAAUUGCAUCCCAAAGCAAAGCAGCCUGAAGACAACAAAAUUAAAAAGCAAAAUCUGAACACUUCCCCCCAAAAGUCCUUACUUUUAAGCCACUGCAACCUCAUACACAAUAAUUUGGUAUCCCCAAAUCAAUUAAAAGCAAAGAUUACCAAGGAAUCACUCCUUUUCCUCCCUUGAGCCCUCCUCUUGCCCGCCUGUUGAAGACGAGGUGUCCCCCAGUGACCUGGACUUGCCCCACCAGGGCCUCCUAGAGCUCAGACUCCUUUGCUCUGGAGGGUUCCCCUCGCCUUGCUGGCUUUGGGUUUUACACUUAAGGCAACUUCCAGGAAAGCGGCAGGACAAACGUUUUACUCUAAAGACACAACAAAUGCUGCACACACAUCAAACACUUGGAUUCCUAUUCUUUUUUGCAAUUUUAAACUUUGGUUGAAUAAUAUUCCACUAUAAUUUCCAUUUAUCCAUUUGACUGUAAAAUGGCCACAGCAUUUUAUAAAUAUUUCAGACCUAACAAUAACAACUUUUAAAAGAUGGAUAGCAUCAAAUUAUACAAACUUGCUGAUGGGAGACAGCCCUGCAAACACAAACAUGUCCUAAUACAAUCUCCUGCAGAAAACUUAUCUUACUAACUUUGCAGUACUGGGCCAGCAUCUAAAUUGAAUUGAGUGACCUGAACAUAUUUAUCUCAAUGUCAAAGGAAGCUAGGCUGGGAGCAUGUUGGACAAUAUUAGCGAUUAGGAUAAGAAUUAACAAUUCACACUUAAAAUAUUUGCCUCAAAAUUCAUCUACAAAACAGCUGAUCCUAUUUUCCUCCUAUUACAGACCAACACAAGAGAAAAGCAAUAGUGGUUUAUGCAAAGGCACAUGGCAAGUCCAUGGGAUGACAAGGACUAGAACCUGUACCGCCCUUUAAGCAAGGGUGCAAUACUCCAGGAAAUACAAAUAACUAGAGAAAAUGUCUUAGUCCAGAUUUGCAUAAAGAAAUGAUUUUUUCUCAGAUAAAGUGAUGGCAAUACAGCAGAAAGCAGACAUUACAUGUAGCCACUGAAGAAGAAAAGUGUCAAACUGUGCUGAGCAGAGCGUAGGGGCCACAAGCCUGGAGCUGGAGCUGAGGCUCAGCAUGUUAUGGACAACUUGCUUCAGGUGAGCCAGCUUGGUUGUCGCUACAAGGGUGCUGAGGAUUUAGAAUCACAUGUAAAUAUGAAUUAUAUAAGACAGUGUGUACCACAAACAGUAGUUCUAAUGAUGAUUGUCUAUAAUUGAGCUUGAGUUUUCUAUAAGCUUAGAGUUUUGAAUAGUUUUUUAUUUCCUAUAUAACAGGAGGGUGGAAGAACACGGGGAGCAGAUGGGCAUCCUUGCUCCCAUCCCCGCUUUGGCUACUGUCUGUCAAAUAACCUCAUGCUACAGGUUACUACAGGUUCUGGAGGCAAAGCGCCUGGGCCCAUACUGGCGCCAGCAUUCCCACCUGUGCGACCUUGGGCAGUUAGCGUUUGCAGCUCAGUUCCAGUUCCCUCAUCUGUAAAAUGAGGAUGUGUGGAAGAGCUCAUACAGCAGGCCUGAGAUUGUGUCCUUUCAAAGGCCCACUUACAAGGCUGGCCCUUGGCUGACCUCUGGGAACUUGGAUUUUGGGAGGAUUCCCAGCAACAUUAACCACUAAGAGCGUCUCACUGUGUCUAAACUGUGCAAACAAUAUGGACUACACUAAACCUCUGCUUUCCUUCUGGGAGUCUGGAAUUGCGGUAUGUGCCAGGCAAAGGGUAUCAGGUGACCAGCCCUCAAUAAAAAUCCUGAGUGCUGAGUCUCCAGUGAGCGUCUCUGGUAGACAACAUUUCACACUUGCUGCCACAGCUUGUUCCUGGGAGUUUAGGGUCCCACAUGACUGCACUGGGGGAGAAUGCUGGACCUCACCCCACGUGCCUUCUCUCUUUGCUGGUUUUGCUCUGUGUCCUUUCACUGUGACAAGUCACAGUCACAACAAGCAGCACAGUGUACACAAACUCCUGUGAGAUCUCCCAGCAGGUCAUGGAACCUGGGAGUGGCCUUGGGACCCCCACCCAGAGGAUAAAAAUAGCACUUACCUCAGGAUUGGGGUGAGGACUACAUGAGUGAACAUGUACAAAGGUUUGACUCAUUAUUAGCUAUGUGUAAAUGGGGUAAUAAGUGUCUGUCUACCUUUCAGGUUGUGAGAAAUAUUGAGAAAACACAGGUAAUAACAUUUUGUAAAGCGUGAAAUUCAUACAAAGUGGCAUUAUUACUUUUAAAUGGCAUAUACAUUUGAUUAUAUAUCAUUGCUAAUAAAUAAUAUGUGCUUACUGAAUACAGACACAAGCCAAAUUCUAGACAUAUAUCAGGCUAUCAAGUGGAUACAUGAAACACUUGGUUUCUUUUUUCCUAUACAGGGUGCAAGAAAUCUUCCAAAUAAUAUAAAACCCUAAUAACAUAAUAUUACUACUUUCUAUUAUUAUCUGUUGUGCAGUUCUUUUUUUUUGUGACCGGUAGGGGGAUCGUAACCCUUGGCUUGGUGUGGCUUGGUGUCGCCCGCACCGCGCUCAGCCAGUGAGCGCAUGGGCCAUCCCUAUAUAGGAUCCAAGCCCGCGGCGGGAGCAUCGCUGCGCUCCCAGCGCCGCACUCUCCCAAGUGAGCCACAGGGUCGGCCCCUGUUGU